AUGGCCUCGACGUUCAAGUCGAAGCGCCCGGUUAGGGGGCUGGAAGACAUAUGCGAGCGUUUGAGAUGGUCAAUUGACUAUCUGAGUGAAAACAGCCUGAGCUGCUACUCCAGGACAUGCCAGGGGAAGCACGGAGCCACUUUCCGCGAGUUGUUGAAGCGAUGCAUUGUAAGUGGCCUGGGCCCCGAAGCAUACAGGGUAGUCGAGCCCACUGACCCCCACAUUCCCAACUCCCUAGAAAGUGCCAUCUGCAGUGGAGACGAUUUCAAUAUUGAUCACUAUCUAUACGAGGAAGGCGUGGAUGUCUGGGAGGUCGACAGCCAUGGAGUCAGCUUGCUCCAUCUGGCGGCGGCGGCGGGCAACACGAAUGUUAUCAGAAAACUAUUGCGGCUUGGAGUUAAUCCUACCGUCCACAUCGGGCCCCGGCAUGAUCGAUUGUCGGUCAUCGACUGCUUGAAUCCCAUGCUCCCCGAGCUUGACCGGGGGAUUAAGAUGCUUCUCGAAGAACGGUGUGUCUUCUUCACCGAUCGCAUCUUCGUCGCGCUGCUGAGGACUUCUGGCUUCCAAGAGCUGUUCAAGCGUGCCAGCGAGAACGGCACCGACCUCCUCCGCUCACCCUGCGACACGGCCACGCGCAAGGAGCGCUACUUUCUCUUGGUCCGGCAUGCCCCUUCGAUUGAGGUCUUUCGAUUCAUGCACCUUCACGUUGCUAAGCUCGACUGGGAGGCCAACGAGGCUAGCCAGAUGAUCCGAGAGGCUUUACUCUGUCGCAAGCCCGAGUUUGCAAGGUUCAUGAUCCAAAACGAGUUUCCCAUCGUCGUGCGGUGUACCUUUGGGUUGCCAGAGGUGGAGGAGGCGGUCGCUUUGGGUUAUGUGUCUGUGCUGGAAGACCUCUUUGCCCGUCAUGAACUGCGGGGGUACCGUAACAAGGAGAUGAUCCUGAACCGGUGCAAGGCGAGAAACCAGGAGUUACGUGGCCGAAUGGAUUCUGUCUAG